CCAGUACACCCGUGCACACCAGGUUGCCAGUCCCAGUCUUAUCAGUUAGACGUAGUAUUUGCAACAUUAAAGGGUUCUUAUCUUGAUCAAGUUAUCCACAGGGAGCUGAGGGGGAUCAAAGGAAGACUACCGGGAAGAUCACGAGAGGUGAACCGGAAAAUUGCAGGAAAAUCUACCGGAAACAGUAAUUAGUCGACAUCGGACUAAUCGUCAAACGAAGUAGUCUCGAUAGUGGGUGACAUGAAGCACUAGCGUAUUGUUUAUUGUAGGUAGCGACUCCGACCACGAGAAUCACGACAUCGAAGAGCAUUUCAAGAGGGUCGCAACCCCAAUACGGCAAUUGAGAUUGAAAGACCUUUCACAAACAAGCCACUGCAGAAUGGGCAGAUUGCUUACUAAUUGCGUAGCGAAUAGAUAUAAAUACCAGAUAUUCGGGGAUAUUUAGAUAUACUACAUCCUACAUUGAAAAUGUCCUCAACAUACGAGACCCCUAAUGCCCAAGUACCAUAUUAUCUUCCAUUACAACCGGAAGUCUUAGGGAAAGCCAUUGAACCACAACCCGAUAAUAAGCCAAUACCAAAAUUGUUUCAACCACUUAGUAUUAAGAAUGUUACCUUUCCAAAUAGAAUAGGAGUUAGUCCAAUGUGUCAGUACCUGGCCGGAAGUGUUUCCAAAGACGGGAAAGCAGAAAAUACUUUUUUAGCAACACCAUAUCAUUUUGUCCAUUAUGGUGGAUUCACUACUAGAGGAGCCGGGUUAACUAUUGUGGAAGCAGCAGCGGUUAGUGCUGAAGGAGCGUUAUCACAAAAAGAUUUAGGAAUAUUUAAUGAUGAACAGGCAAAGAAAUUAAAGGAAAUUGUUGAUUAUGCCCAUGGUAAUCAAGCCAAGAUUGGGAUUCAAAUUGGCCAUGGGGGUAGAAAAGCCAAUGGACAACCAAUAUUUAUUCAUUUAGAACAAACAAUUGAUAAAUCAAUUGGAGGAUGGGGAGAUAAGAUUGUAGCACCAUCAGCAAUUGAAUUUAGACCCAAGGGGAAUUAUCCCGUACCAAAUGAAUUAAGUAAAGAAGAAAUUAAAAGAAUUAUUAAAGAUUUUGGAUUAGCAGCUAAAAGAGCAAUUGAAAUUAGUGGAUUUGAUUUUAUUGAAAUUCAUGGAGCACAUGGAUAUUUAAUCACCGAAUUUUAUUCAGCAAUAUCCAAUAAAAGAAAAGAUGAAUACGGAGGAUCAUUUGAAAAUAGAAUAAGGUUUUUAAUUGAAAUAAUAAAAGAAGUUAAAUUUCAAAUUGGAGAUAAAAUUCCAAUUUUUUUAAGAAUUUCAGCAGUUGAUAAUGAUGAUACCACCAAUGAUGCUUGGACAAUUGAAGACAGUAUUAAAUUAGCUCAUAUUGUGGCACAAGAGGGUAUUGAUUUAUUAGACAUUUCUAGUGGUGGUAAUAGUCAUAACCAAUCUAGAAGAGGUACUAAAUCAUUUGUUCACCAUGAAUAUGCUAAAGCGAUUAAGAAAUCCGUUGGUGAUAAAUUAAUAAUUGCUUGUGUUGGGGCAAUUAAUGAUGCUAAUAAGGCAAAUCAAGCUAUUGAAGACGGUGAUUUUGAUAUUGCUUUAAUUGGUAAAGGUUUUUUACAGAAUCCAGGUUUAGCCUGGACUUGGGCUGAUCAAUUAGGAGUUAGAGUUCAUCAAUCAUUACAAUAUGAUUGGGGAUUCCAUCCAAAAAUCUCUCAAAUUGUUGAACUCAUUGAAAGAAGUAAACAAUAACUUCAUUAUAUACUUUACAAUUAAUUAAAUAAUAAAACGAG